UUUCUUGAGACACUAUAGGGGCCAAAGACAAAGUUGUUAUUACUCGUCUCCUCUAUGCGUAGAAAAAGAAAAAUUUAUGACCAAAAACAAGAAAAAAGGGAAUAUGGUGAAUCAACCUCUCUAUUCACCGAUCAACCCACAUUUCUUCCAACCCCUUCUUCCCGAUUUCACCAACCAUCUCGACAUUCCUGUGGCCUUCUUCUUGAAGUAUUUAGUGGGAAGUAACGAAGGAAAUACGGCUGAGCUCAGAUCAGACUCAUCCGAGACAACAUGGGAAGUAAAGAUCGACGGCCGGAGACUUUCUCACGGUUGGGAUGAUUUCGCCAUCGCACAUGAUCUACGAGUCGGUGACAUUGUCGUUUUCAGACAUGAAGGAGAGUUGGUGUUCCAUGUCUCGGCUUUAGGACCAAGUUGUUGCGAGAUUCAAUACAGAGAAGAUAAAAAGGAGAAGCUUUGUGAUACAGUCACAGAGAAGGUUUCAAUUAAGAAAAAGAGUCUAAAGAGAGAGGCUGCAGAUUCUACACCAGACCAUUCACUAGAUUCUUGUUUUGUUACCACUGUCACGGCUUCGAACCUAAGGCGUGACACAGUGUAUCUUCCGAAAGAGUUCGCAAGGUCAAAUGGUCUGAAGAACAAAUUGAAGAUUGUUUUAAUGAAUGAAGAAGGAGAAUCAUGGACUAUAGACUUGAGACACGAGGCAUAUCCUUCAGGUCGGUUUAACAUGAGAAGAGGCUGGAGAAGGUUCUGUGUUGCUAAUGGGAAGAAACCUGGAGACAAGAUGGCAUUUAAAUUGGUCCAAAAUAAAAAAACACCAGUGCUCCAGUUGUUCCCCAUGGACAGUGAAGAUCGAGAAAAACUUGAUUCAACGGUUGAUACAGAGAACGUUCCAAGAAAGAAGAGUCGAAAAGAAGAAGAUUAUUCACCAGACGACUGUUCUAGUUUUGUGGCCAGUGUCACAACUUCAAAUCUAUGGCGCGAUAGAAUGUAUCUUCCGAAGAAGUUCGUAUUGUCAAAUGGUUUGUUGAAGAAAUUUCAGAUGCUUCUAAUGAAUGAAGAGGGAGAAUCAUGGAAGAUAGACGUGAAACACGAGGCGUAUUCAGGCCGGUUUUUAACGACAAGAGGCUGGAGAAGUUUCUGUGUAGCUAAUGAUAAGAAACCCGGAGACUGGUUCAUAUUCAAAUUAGUCCAGAAUCAAGAAAUACCUGUGCUACGAGAGUUCCCUAUGUACAGUGAAGAUAGGCACAAACUUGAGCCUAGCAGUGACACAAGGCAAGGAAAGUGUUUAAAGGCAACCAAAGCAGAGUUUCUUGGCUUAGAAGAUUACCGCGAUGACUCAACGCAAGGGAACUGCUUUAAAGCUAGCAUUGCAGAACCUACCGAUGAAGAUAUAAGGCAAAGAAAACAUUCACAAGCUAUUAAACAAGAAUAUGCUUCCGCACAAGGGAAUAACUCAACAGGCCAAAACCGGCUUGUGACUUUAACACUUACACCUGCAAGUAAACUUAAUCUUCCGCUAGAAUUCAUGAAGGCGAAUGGAAUCAACAAAGCAGGAAAGAUAACAAUGCUUGACAUAUAUGGUUCAAGAUGGCGGACGUCACUACUGAUGGACAAUAGAGGGACAAUGAGUUUAGGAAAAGGUUCAAAAGGCUUCUGUGAGGUUCACGGCGUUAAGAUGCAUGAGUCUUUUGUCUUGGAGUUGAUUUGGGAAGACACAGUUCCUCUUCUUAAGUUUUGUUCCAAAGUUUGAGAACUUUAUUUAGAACGUUUGUUAGAUAUUCGAUGAGGAUAUCAUCAAUCGAAGUAACUUUUCCUUCCUUCACUGGAUUUAGUUUUAAUGUUAAACAUUGCUGUUUAAAUCAUAAUUACUGAUUCAUAUUUAGAUA